ACUAGCUCCGCCUGAACACAAGUCUGAAGGAUGGUCGAAUACUAGCACUUGCGAGUACUUCUCUGUCGAAAUCAUUACCCAUAACAGCAAAGUAAAAUUUAUGUCAGGGAAAUAAAAUAUUAACCGCACUUGUUCACUGGUUCAGUGAUUGCCUUCAUGAAUAUGUUCAAUUUCGGACACAGCGACCAGAUAUUCGAAUUGGAUAAACAUCGAUGAAUUUGAAUUUUAUGGAAUGAUGGUCGUAAAAGAUUUAUUUUAUCUUGAAAGGCGAAUAGAAAGGGUGGUUGGCGUAGGGUGGCAGUUUUCACGCCGUGUUUGCUGAAACUGGAGGUGUUUUUGACCCGGAGGAAUCCUGCCGAGUGGGUGAACCUCCCACUCUGACGUCGAUGAGUAACAGGUGCAGGAAUGUUCCUGGGCUUCGAGUGAAGCAGAAGCGGCAGAAGUGGAGGAUGUGAAUUCUCAGAGAGAGGAUGGAAAGCUGGCUGCUUGCUCUUUGCACGCUCCUUGCCAUGUCUACGGGGAGGCUCAGGACGUCAGGCGCUGGUGCUAACAACGUGACCAGCUGGUAUCGUGGAUGCUAUAAUUAUACAAAUUUAGCACCUUCAAAACAAAUGUUUCAGACAUCAAAAUUGAUUGAACCUGCUAUAUGUGCAAAGUAUUGUCUUCAGGAAAGCUUUGAUUUAACUGUGCUCUUAAGUGAGACUGACUGUUUCUGCAUCAAUGAAUCCAAAACAUUCUGGACAUUAAGUAACUACCAUUCUGCUCACAGCAAUGAUAAUUUGCUAAACAGCAACUCGUCUAGAACUGGCAACUUCACCAGCAGAGAUAAGUUCUCCUUCAGCACAGGAUGCAUCAGCAGGUGUAAUGGCUUUGUUUGUUUGUCAUAUGGAGACAAAGAAGGUAAAAUGGCUGUGUAUCAAGCAGUUGGGCCUUACAUAAGGAACCUCAGUCUCACACUCAUUGCGGACCAAGUACAAACAAAUGAACCAUUCAUGCUGGAAGUCUGUGGGUAUCUGGCUGGUCCUGCAGAAAGUGCAAACAGUGCAGGAACUCUCAUUGCAGUUAACCUAUCUUAUGCAUUGGUGAAAAUUCAUUGGGAUCGUGUAAAUUACAGCAGCCAGAAUGUUACUGUAAUCUCGAAUGGAUUUUUUUCUUACUCUCCUGUUUGGAACUAUACUGAGCCUGGAAAAUAUUUAAUAACUGUACUUGCAGACAAUCAAAUUUCUCGGGAAGAGAAAAACAUCAGCGUUGUGGUUCUGGAUCCUGCACCCACUGCACUUGAGGUGAAGCUCAUACAAAUGACGGAGCAGAUUCCAUCCUGUAUUCCAUUUGACGUUGAUGAAAUGGAUCCACUUGAGAAGGUUUUCAAAGGAGUUGCCUAUAGCUUUGAGGCCUUUGUGGCGAUGGGGAUUGAUUUGAACUUCUACUGGUAUUUCAGUGAUGACAACAGCACCCAUUCUUCAACCAACCUGCAAAAUUGCAGUGAAUUUCAACAAAUGGAUUGUCUUUUGGAUACAGUGAGUCACACAUUUCAGCAUGAAGGAAUCCAUCAAGUGACUGUGAAUGUGUCAAACAGAUAUGACUGGAUACAGAAAACCAUUUAUGUGGCUGUUGUUAAGGAAUCACUCUCAAGCCUAACAUUUCAGCCAAGAAGGGGUUACCAUGUUGCUGUUGGUGAAAACCUAACAUUAGAAUUGGAACUGUUUACUACAAUUCGCCAAUUAUUAGUCUUUGACAUUACAUUUGAAACAGGAAUGACUCAUCGCCAUACACUGAGUGACCAUUCACCAGCAGUUUGAAAGGCGAUCUCAUCUGCAACUGAUGGAAGA